AUGGGCUUCCGUCUCCUUUGGUUCUUGGCGGCGCUGGCCGAUGCGGAGUCCUUCAACGAGGAGACCAACCUCCUUCAGUUGAUGACCCCAUCACAGGAACUCCUCUCCAUCAGCGCCUACGGCACGGAUGCAGCUCAAAGCCAGCUUCAGGGGCAGGCCGAAGGAACUGGGGAGGCUGAAAAGCGUCCUCACCACGACUAUGCCGAGAUUGAGAGGUUGGGCUUCACUUCCGCAGACGACAAGUGGAGCAACGCGCCCUUGCCACAGGAGCCCGCCAAGCCGGUAGAGGUGAUUGUGACCGGAGAGCACAUUGUCAAGGCUACGGGGCACAAGAAGUCAAGCGGAGCUUCGCCAAAAUCAAAAGAAACAAAGGCUAAGAGCUCGGUGGCAACUUCCCAAAAGAAGAAGAAGAAACAGGUCCAGGUGAAGAAGGAGCGAGAGCACGGCAAGGCUCAGGAGGUCCAGGAGGCAAAGGCGAAGGACGUCCCAGCCAAGGCAACCAAGGCAGCCAGCAAAGUCGCAGGCGUCGUAGGUGGCGUAGACUCCGAGGCUUCCCAGACUCCCCAGGGCAGGGCUUCGCCGGCUGCCGAGUCUCCAAAGACCGUGCCAACGCUACCGCCGACCGAUGCGGAGUCUUGUGGGAGCUGGUUGAAAGACUGCCGCAACAACUUCAAUGUUGAUGCAUGCAUGAGCUACAAGUCACUCUGUGCAGCUCAUGCCGAGAAGGACGCCCUGAAAGGCCUCGCAGGGCCGCCUGCUCCCGAAGCUUCGAUCCCAACUCCAGCGGACGCUCUGAAGGAGACUCUGAAAGACCCGAGUCUGGGCCGAAGCCAGGUGCCUAGCAGUGAUGAAACCGAGGCCCCGGAGUCCCCGGCUCCGUCUCCCUUUGGCCUCCCCGACCAGGCACCGACCGAACUUCCAGCAGAGGCCGGGGCGGUGCCUGUGGACAUCAGAGAGGAUGCAGGGGAUGCAGAGGAGCCUGAGGCGGAGGCAGCCGUGCCCACGGCGGAGGAAGCAGAGCCCGAAGUAGCAGAGCCAGCAGCAGAGGAGGAAGCAGAAUCCACCGAAGCUGCGGUGCCUGCGGAGCCUGUGGCCGAGGAAGCGGAACCCGUCGUAAUUGCACAGCCUGCGGUCGAGGAAGCGGCAGACCGUGCGGCUGAGGAAGCAGAGUCAAAUGAAGCUGCAGAGCCCGCGGCAGAAGAGCCUGAAGCAGAGCCAAGUGAAGUUACAGAACCUGCAGUAGAGGAGGAAGCAGAAUCCACUGAAGUUGCAGAGCCUGCCGCCGAGGAGGCAGAAUCCAGCCAAGUGACAGAGGAAGCAGAGCCCGAAGUUGCAGAGCCUGCAGCAGAGGAAGCCGAAUCCACCGAAGUUGCAGAGCCUGCCGCCGAAGAGGCGGAAUCCACCGAAGUUGCAGAGCCUGCGGCCGAGGAAGCAGAGCCCAGUGACGUAGUAGAGCCUGCAGCGGAGGAAGCCGAAUCCACCGAGGUUGCAGAGCCGGCAACCGAGGGUGCAGCAGAACCCACCGAAGUUGCAGAACCUGUGGCCGAGGAGGCGGAACCCAGCGAAGAGGUCGAGCCAGAACCUGCUUCCCAGGAAGCCGAGUCCAGCGAAGUGCCGGCAACCGAGGUGCAACCGACAGAGGCCUCAGAUGUCGCUUCCGGGACUGUCUCGCAGCCGUUCGGUUUCACAGUGGCACGUCACUCCACAUCAAGCUCGAAGACGUCCGCCAAAGCAGUGGCGUCCAAGAAGGUGUCGUCGACUACGGCAAAGAAGUCAACAAAGAAGUCAACAAAGUCAGUGAAAUCGAAGAAGAAGUCGACAACGUCGACAAAGUACUUGACAUCGAAGAGCACCAAGUCCAAGAAGUUGGUGAAAGCCACGACCCAUCGCAAAAGCAGCGAAGGGAGCUCCAAGUUCGUUCUGCCACAAGCGGUCACGGCUGUGACGAAGCAGGAGGUGGCCGUGCCGACCACGACCUUCGCCUUGAGCCGCCUGGAUGCUUUGGGCGCCGGCGCGGGCACCUUGGGCCUGGCCCAGCAGCAAGGUGACCGCCAGGAUUUCGAAACGGCAAGGACCAACAUGUGCUCCUGGUGGCUCCAGGUGUGUGGCAAGGUCGCAACAGCAGGCGUGUGCGACAAGCUUGUUCUCCAUAUGGAGGCGUUCCUCAAACUAAGGGCGCGGAAUCCAAGGUUGAACUUAGCGCCCUUGUUUCUGCUGUCUGUUACUUAG